AUGUCAAUUAUUAAUCGUAUCGCACAUGAUCUUAAUCGAGCAUUCGCAAUGUUUGAUGAACCAUUCUUUACAGCAGCUCGUAGAUUUCCCACACUUCCUUCAUCUUUAAUUAACAAUACGAGUUUUUUUCGUCCUUCUGUUGAUUUAGCCGAAACUGAUAAAAGUUAUGUGGUAGAGGCAGAAGUACCUGGUGUAAAAAAGGAAGAUUUAUCGGUCGAAUUUUUGGAUGAUCGUACAUUGAUCCUAAAAGGGAAAGUUGAAAGAGGUAGCGGUGCUGGUGAUAGAGAAGGAUUAAGAACUGUCGAUACUACUAAAACCGUUGGAUCUUUUCAAAGAUAUUUUCAAUUUCCUGGUAGAGUUGAUCCUGAAAAAAUAAAAGCAAGUUAUAAAGAUGGCAUUUUAUCAGUCACUGUACCUAAAGUCGCACAUGAAAGUAAAAAGAUUAACAUCGAAUAA